GGAUGCACUGCAGAAGUUCUUCUUCCCACAGGCCUUCAAGACCCAUGAGGUCACCCCCAAAUCGAGGCCAGGCCAGAAGAGACAAUUCACAACCUUUGAGUUUAGACUCAACACUGUUGCCGAGGCAACCAUUGACAUCCUCUUCAGUAAAGACAAGGAGACCAACGCUGUCCAUAUUGACGUUGACAAGGCUUCAUAUGUGGAGGUCAGCAUUCCACUACUGGUGGGGUCAGAAGGUUACCACACGAGGGUCACAGGUCAACUUCUGCACGUAGACUCCUCUACCAGCAUGGAAUACCGGUCACUGAUUGAGAGUGAAACAUUGCAGUUUCAAGUAGCCAUGCAUUACCCACGAGUGUGGAAUGAUCACCAGAACUGGGAGGUUACGCUCACAUUCAGCAAGGCAUCUACGUAUCUGUUGUACGCUCACAAGUGCUUCAUCAGUGACUUAGUCUCUGACUGGUCCAGUAAGAGUCGUUCCGAUCUCUUCAGCUUUAUUCCCUACACACUCAAUCUGAAUAUCAUCUUAAGAGAAUUUGUCUUGACGCUACCCACCAAUAAAUACAACUGGAUUGACUGCUCAUCACGGCAGCAGAAGAAUGUGUUCAUCGGACUGGUUGGGGACCUAUUGGAUCUAUCUGUCGUACUGCCCUUCUCCGAUUACCUUCCUACAAACCUGCCAGUUAGAGUUCUACUAAGGGGGGACUCGGUGUCUGGGCGUAUAUACUGCCCUGAGUGCUACAGUAGUCAGCACUGUCUGCUUGCCUUAGACCGCUCCACCAAAGGCUCCGGCAACUGGCUAGGAGACAAGAAACAAUUGGGUUUGUCAGAAGACCACUGGCAGGGUAUCACGCAAGAGGACGGUUGGGUAGAGUGCGCUGCCGUCCCAUACGUAGCAGUCAGCAUCACUUACACCUACCACCCAAUCCCACUGGAUGAGGACUCUCCAUUGAUCCAGAUCAGGAGAACGCCUAGCGGGAAACUGGAGCACAUCACCCACCCUGCUCAGACGACAUACGCCGGUUGGAGACGGACCGGCUGCGUGGCGGUGCCCUCGGAGUGGCAGCCGGAUCGGUUGCAGCUGGAGAUUGAUAUUGGACCAGCUAUUCUCAUGGCCUAUGGGUCAAUAGUCAAGUGUGUUGUCGCCCUCAAGGAGAACUAUUUUGGAGUGGACCAGGUGGUUACAGACUUCACUAAACCCCCGAGUGAUGGUCUAGAGGGUAGCGCUAAGGACAUCGAUGGGCGUGUGGUCAACGGUCUCGAUCUCCGACCAAUGGACGUCAUUGUUUCUCUGAAUGUAGAUGGUAUCAAGGCGACUCUACCGAUGUACUGUGGUAAAGCAGAACCUUCUUGUCCGAUCGCAGUCCUGGAUCAGUUGUGCUUUGAGCUCCACAAGGGUCACUCGGAGACCAGACUACAGCUGCUCUUAUCCCCUGUUACCAUCAUGGUUUCGGACUCACAAAAGAGAGGCGAUCCACAUUUACUUGACGGCCAUCUUGGUCUGUCUGGCCUUCAGCUGCGUGGCCAUGCCAUGUUUUCGGAUGAUGGCCUACCAGUGGACAGUGAGACUCUGGAGUAUGCCUGGCUGCUGGACCUUCAGAUGGGGGUCCUGAGCGGCAGACUCACCCCUCCACAGAUGCUCUCCCUGGCAAGCUUCCUCCAGCUCUUCGUCCACCUGGCCGUUGAUCCCCUAGAUGACCUCCAGCAGCCAAUCACGUCCAAACUCUGCGUCCACAUGGUCAAGCAGCAGCAGUGCCAGGUCAAGGAGGUGCUCUUCCCGGUGCCCUGCCCGACGGAGGAAGACUUCAAGUAUCGCAUGCUGAGGAUCAGCCUCAGGAUGGUGGAUGUAAUGCUGGUGGAGACGGGCUGUGCGUUACAGUGCCAGGUUGGUUCAUUGUUCAUGGGCAAGUGCAAUCUACACAGUAUGACUAUAGGUGAUGGCUUGAGCGCCACCAUCCACCAAAUAGAAGUCAGGCAGUUCAUCAGUCAGUCAGAGGAGCCCAAUGCAGCCUGGCUCGAGGCUUGUUCGGUCUUCUUUCCUGCGUUACAGUUUGACCUGGCAGACCUCCUUCAGUCCUCAAACUCUUACAAAGCCCAGAACUUUUUCCUGUCCCAACACGACAAGAAGACACAGCGUCUGUGGUUUCUGUGGCCAGAGGAAGCGGAUGAGCAGGGCAGUCGUCCGCGGGAAAUGUGCGGAUGCCGAGGCGGCUGUCUGUUCUUCAAUGCUCAAGUGAACGCUCAUUCCAACUGGAUAAGUGACUCAUCAUGGCAGACCGCAGUCACGGAUAACGACAAGGACUACGGACACAGUAUCCUUCAGCAGGGCCAGUGGAUAUUUGCGGUCUGCGACCGCACCCCUGUCGAUUCUCCAUCCAGAGAGUUUAAAUUCACCCAGGGUUUUGUCAGUAGUACUAUUCCAACUCUUCCUGGACAGGUCGUAGCAGGAAGUCUUCCUGUAGGAUCUUCCAAUCGUGUCGGUUCCUCGGUGAGCCUUCCUCAACCUAUCGUGAAGCCACGGAAGACAGAUUCUAGUUCUAUGUCAGCACCUGAAUCCAGAGAGCAGCCUUCCAGGAAUCCAUCCCUGAGCACGAGUAGUGCUCAAGCAAGUACAAACUCUGACCCUAAUCUAACGAUAAAGACCGAGUCAGACAGCUCCGUCUUUGAGCAGCGACACUUCUAUAUCUUACACGGCAGCUCUCACAGUUUGCCAGUAGAAGCCAUGGCUUUGCAGGGCAAGAUGACACCGGGCAGAAGUAACACGAGUGCUGAGGUUAUCCGGCAGUACCGUGCCCUACCAGACUCGCCCCCGUCGGAACGUAGCUCUACUUUAGUCAGAUCUGAGGAUUUUCCUGAUCUGGCAAAUGUUCGCAAUAGCCACGGCUCCAUCUCCAGCCCCGCAGAGAGCGAGUACUACUCUGCUGAAGACGAGACACCACUCAGUACCACGAUGAGUAGGACGCUAGUUGGAACUCCUUCCUCCUCCAGUUUUGACAUUAACAUCCCUGGUAUUUCACCAUGUAGUAUAUAUGCUGACGAGACGCUAUCAUCAGUUUCCACUCAGCAAGUAGAAUCACCAGAUUAUGCAAGAGGUGAUGAAAAUGUUAAGCGACACUCUUCCUCAGCUUCCUAUGUCUCGGCGGCGUCGUCUGAGAGCAGCCUUCAUCAACGCAAGAAACCGAAAGAGACCUCGCCACAAAGAACGACCACACAGCCACCGUGGGCGUCGACCAAGGCCUACUGCCACCACCUGACUCUCUGGGAAUGCAGUGGUUGGGUGACCCACCCACCUGGACACACCCUGCAGACGCACCCUCCCUUCAGUCCUCUGUGCCCCCCUGCGACCACCUUGAUCAAGGGGAACAUUCCACUGCCUGAGUUUACAGUCACCCAAGCUGGUUUGAGAUCAGGGCUAGUGAAGAUGACCGACCUUCCUGUGAAUGAAACAGGCCCUGAGUCUGAAGAGGAAGAGGAGGAAGAUGAAGACAGUGGUGACAAUGAGAUGCAUCUUGGUCUACCUCCUCAAGAAGUUCGUCGUCAUUAUAGAGUCCACUCAUCGCCACCAUCGUACCAAGUUGCACAGAAGUCGAGUCAGUCCAGUAGCCAAUCACAGAGCUCAUCUCAAUCUGCAAUUCUUGCAGUCAAGGGACCUCUUGAUGUAUUACUUACACCACUGCUGAUGCAAGCAAUAGACAGAUACCUCCAGUCAGCUGAGAACGUGUUAUGUGUCAGUCAUCCAGAAUGGAUAGUGGACAGACUGCACAUGCAGUGCGUCAGUGACGUCCAGACUGCCUUUGAAGAUUCCAACAAGGCUGCCAGUCUAAAGAACAGUACUGAAUCUACUUUUAGCCUAUCAGUGUCCGUUCCACAGAUCAACCUCCUAGUACUACAAGCCUCUACAGAAUAUAACGUCCAACUGAAGCGCCAGCUAGACCAAGCUUCCCUACUGGUUGGCUGCGUCAGCAACAUCCAAGUCCAGCUGAUGAACAGAAUGACAGCGAAGCAGAAGGACUCCAACAUACCCAGCCCGGGGCAGAGGAAAAUUAAACUGGAGGAGAUGCUCUCCGGGUCUCGAUAUGGUCUCCACACCUCCGACCAAGAGAUGCCUUCCGAGAAGGUGGAGACAACGGCUAUAGGACUUGUCAACAUCGGCCGGGUGCACUGCCAGCUUCAAGGCCUUGACUGUACGCAAACCAAGGAGAAGCGACACAGGCAUAUGUCAGGGGUCACUUCCAUUCCGCAGAGUCUGUCUAAGGUCAUGUUCACCCUGAUGUCUCACAUGGCCAGCGAGGGUCAAGAACAAGAAGUGAUACCCAUGGCGCCGACCGGCGCCAGCCUCAUGGAAUGUGGCGUCGAGGGUAUCACAAUAAACAUCGGUAUGCAGAGCGCGCCAGUCACACCCCAGCCGUCAACGGGGGCGCCCUCCAGAUCUCACUCCCGCCAGCCGAGUCAAAAUUGGCAGGUCUCGCCCGAGUUUCACUCCACUGACGCUGAGAGGGUAGCACCCUGGAGUAGGACCCAUAGCGUGACGGACAUUCUUAAUCCCGCUGCUGCCACCGAUUCAAGACAUUCGGAUAUCACUCUAGCUAUGAAGAAGCAGAGCAGGGUACCGACCAAGUCUAGAAGUAUUGAUGGGAAGAUGGUUAUUGGGGCAAUCUGGUUGCAUGCCCCUACUCCCUGCAGACUGUCACAUGAACAAUCAGCAGGUGUUCAAUCUGGACUGAACCCUGUCAGCACCCUCUCUCUGGUCGUGACUAGCUGGCCUCCUGCAUGUCAACAAGCACUGAUGAGGCUGGACAGUCUACAGGCCAGCAGCCAUCUACGAGAGUGUGCCGUCAUGGCUUGUAUAAUGGCCGAGGCACAUGAGAUGACCCCCACCCAUCACAUCACAGCAAAGAAUAAGUACAAACGCUGGACGGCAGAAACAGAAGCCGUUGGUCAGGACCUGUCCUGCCAGCUCUUCACGACCCUCUGGUACUACCUGCACUCCAGCGAGCCCCAGCGUAUCGAGGGUCUGGUCAGCGAGGACGUCCCACCAAUCAACAUCCUAGAGCAAGGCACCCACACUCUGAUCCGACAGUGGAAGGUCAUCCUCUCGAUGCUGAACCCAGCGGUAACGGCUGCCCAAUUCCCAGCCAACAGGCCUCCCCUGCUGGAAGAUAAAGCGGGCUUAGAGAAUCUGGCCACCACUGUGUUGGACUCCAAUCAGCAGGGACAUACUCUGCAGACUCAGUACUCGGGAGCAAGUAUAGAUUUAGAGGGCGGCACGCAAGACAACGCUUCUCAGCUCAUCACCCAAGGUACCGAGAAGGAGGACUUUGAAACAGCUGCUCUGUUGCCAUACUCAAGUCGUUAUGGAACUGGCUACAGUAUGUAUGAGGAGUUUGCCGGCAGGAGUAAGGCUGCUGAAAAUGUUGAUAAAUCUUAUGAGGUACUGGGUGGUGGGACGAAUGAUGGUGUAGCCGAUCAUACCAGACACAGGUCUCAGACUGCCAGUAGUGGUACCCAGAGUGUCACUGGAACUCCAGGAAAACAGCAGUCACUUCAGGUUCCCGGGAAGAAGCACACCAAUGUUAGUGCCACUCAUAGCGUCGACAGCGUGGAGGAGGAAAUUACAGUGGACGAGGAGAACCAAGAUGAAGCUGAUGAUUUGAUUCCUGCAGAGGAUCCACCACCAAGUUUCAGGAAUAUUCCACCGCCUGAUUUGCCUUUCACUUUACCUUACACGGGGUCUUUGAUCCCUGACAUGGCCAUCACGCCGACCAUCAUGCAACUUGGCGAUGCAGACAUCCUCUUCAAACCACUCUUGAAGCACCUGGGCAUCGCUCGUAAGCAGCCUGAGCAUUUCAUCAUCAAGAAGAACCUCCAACAGGUCAGUGCAACGGUAGAGCUCAAAAGACUGACUCUAACUAUCGUUGAAUCAAGUCCGCGGCAACGAAGCAGGGUGAAGAAAUCACGGGGCGACAAGGAGUCAUCUCGAAACAAAGCGUCCUUCCCGUCGUUCUCCAGCGAAAGCCUCACCAUGAAGCUCUCCUUACAUGAGUGCAUGGACACCGGGCGACAAACUCCCGAUGUCGGUGAUCGUCCCCUCAAAGCGUCUCCGUCCGAGAGCUGCGGCGUACCAGGUAGUCAAUCAAACUGCUGCCGGGCAAGAGCAUUCUGUGUGACGCUCCAUUGGACAAGAGCAAUGCCUGUCAUCAAUAUGCCGUUGCUGAGGCUAGUCACACAGCUGGUUCAGGUAGGCCAGGCCUUGCAGGAGGCACAGCGUCACCUCCCAGGCAGCAAGAGUGGCACGGACACAGAGCCAAGCACGAUGAACAGCGACCUCUCAGCUGCUGUGCUCAGUCAGCAAGCAACACUGCCGCGGCUCGACAGUACAGACGGGCCCCAUGGGGACACAGCCUCCUACAGCUCCCAGGCAGAUAGUGAGGUACUCGCCCAAUGCUGGCAGACUAUGUACCAUCUGAUGAAUCUCUACUCGGGGGUUUCGCAGCCAAUCAGUUCUCUGGAGACGUCGCAUGUUAUCAUCAAUCCUUUAUUCAGGGUGGAGAAUGAGAUGGCCAUGGGACCGUCGAGGGAGAGAAACUCCAAUCUUGAAUACCGGAGAUUGGUUGAGGACCUGGAUGAGCCCGACAGUGGGUUACCCGGCGCCGUUAAAGAUACCCAUACGCCUGGUACCACGGCCCAGCAACAGCUUCAGGUGUCCGUCCUGUUUACCGUGGAACUUGAAGAGCUGUGCAUCGUGUCUCAGCUCGCCGGCCUACAGAGUGAAGCUGAACUGAAUAACGUCACUGCUAGCAUUAGCACUAAGCAUCUUUUACCCGCACCAGGGAGUGGUCGCAAGCACUGGUACCAGCGCUCUGCGUUGCUCGGCUGUAAUGAAGUCAUAGUUGUAUUGUCCGAGAGAGUCAAACCCAACCCACUGAAUAUAGCUACACUAACUGUAGAUAAGCCGCAGAUAUCCUGUGCCGCUGCAAGCCACACCAAUCCAGGCCGCAUGUCAGCCAGUGUCUCUCUCCAAUCCCUAGACGGCAGCUUGCCUGUCAACCUGUCCCUGCUGCAUGGUGUCAUCAAUCGCAGCAAGCGCAAACUCACCCACCGCAUCAGAGAGCUGCAGUCGGCACUGUCGAGACCCGAGGUGGGCGCUGGAGAUUCGACAGACGGGGUGGGGGAGGGUGAGGGUGAGGUUGGGUCGGAGAGGGGGCAGUUAAACCCUCCGGAAGCCUGCGGUGAGGCUGAGAAAGCGGUGGAGUCCACCGUCUGGCAGUGUGCUGCUACGUUAAAGCUUAGUAACGUCUGCUUACAAGCAACUAUGCUGCCGUCACUCAAAGCUCAAUAUAUUAUACGAGAGAUUAACGGCACCUGUCACUAUGGCGAUGGAGUUCAGUUUGGCAUCGAAAUGCCUCAACAUUGUCUCAGGUUUAACUCAAAGGUUCUAGACGAUGACCUGUCAUCGUCUGCCGAGAUCGACCUGCCUUGCAUAUUGACCAACGGCCAGUACAAAUUCCCUGUCCAGCCAGACACCAACAAGACGACCUCUUCGGCCAUGUCGACCAGCGUGGGGGAGGGGGCCAGUAACGCUAGCCUGGAUGCAUUGAUGACCAUUGAGGAGUUACGUCAUAGUAUAUCAACGGAUCUUGUCAAUCAUCUGAUAACAGUGCACCAUGUGUUUCUCAGUGACUUAGUCAACUUAGUGGAUGAUGUUUUUGGUAAUGAUGAUCCAGUCAAACCGCAGCAGAGUGAGGCAAAGACGCAACCAGCUUUACCUGAAAUCUCUGUGAUUGAUGUCUCUUUACUGGUUAAACUCAAGGGUGUCCAGAUAACUGCUACCACUCCAUCCGCUGGUGCCAUGCGAUUGGAAACUGGUGUAGUCGAGAUCAAGCUGUCCAAUAGGAUGACUGGAGAAGGAGAAUCGAGUGGGAUGAAGCUGUAUGCCAAAGCGUUGAUAGAUCUGAAUAUAAGUCUGGGUACCAUGCAGAGGUCACACAGUGCAGGCGACCUUGACCUUGAACUGCACCAAUUAGCAUACUUCAAGGCCAACAUCGGACUGACCAACGCACCCAGGUCUCAGCAAGAGAAUAUAGCGCCAAUCAAAGAGGAGAAGUCUGCCUUCCUUGUGACCCUCAACCGACCGAUCAUUUACGUCCAGCCAAGUGCGGUAGACAUAGCUGUAUUAGUGUGGGUGUGUUACCACAGCGCCUAUGAGCAAUGGCGAGAAAGACAGAAGGACAUGAUGGGUAGUAGAGUCCAGGCUAGGAACGUCUUGCAUCGGCAGACGACCUCCAUGGAGAAGCUAAGCUCGGUGUUCCUGCAGCUAACAUUACAGGACCUUGGAAUAUGCAUUCCAAUCAACCCUGCCUUCCAAAAUAUUUCCUCGUUCUCCGGCGGAAUGCCUGAGCCAGACUACCACUCCGCCUUAGUCCUCACCCUAGAGAGCUCCCUCAUCACUGCUUGCUACAAUAAAUCACUUGUCACUAAGGGAUUCUUCCAGCAGUUCUGUCUCCGUUUCGCCGAGGACUUCAACACCUCGAAGAGCGAUUGGAAACCACAGACGUACAAGGGUCUCGUGAAUGCAUGUGUUGUGCCACAAGGUACUCUUGAGCUGUGUUCACGGACGAUAAGUGCUGGUAAAACAGAUCCAAGCCAGGCGUCCAACGCGGGUAAAUGGAUGCUGAACUUCCUGUGGAAGAUGGAGGGAUUCGACGUUCAGGUCAACCCUUUCAUCGGUCGGCAGCUCUCGGCUCUAGCCAACACGUUGACCGCCCUCGCUGGAGACGAUGAUGAGAUGGACGUAGCUGAUCUGAGCUCGGUGGUCGAACCCCACGAUGAGACCGAUAGUAUGAUCCCACCGAACGAUGAAUCUAAGCCUGUAUUGAAGAGACCCACGUCGCUGUUUGUCAGCAAGCAGGACGCUAAGAAACACUCCAAGAUGGUCAUGCAGGAGAUGACAGAACAAGCAAAGAUUGUCAGCGAUCUCAGAUCCCUUGGUGCCAAGAAGGUUACCAUUGCUGAAGAGGCAGAGAAGCUCAGACAGCUGGAGGCCGCCGUCUUCAAUGACUUCAGACGAGACAUCCGCAAGAGACUCAGGAUGCAGACUAUGAAGGCAUCUUUAAGGAGCAAGCUGACUGCUGGUUUACCAAGGUCUCCUGCAGGUGCAUCUAAGCAGUCUAGCGUCGGCGGCAGAGUGGCCAGUCAAGGGUUACCUCCGACCCCACCCCAAGGAACUAAAGCAUUCCCAAAGUUGAACAGUCGCCAGAGGGCAUUCUCCGUCGAUAGUCCCGAUCAUCCGACUGCGAGAGACCCAACAUUCUUACGAAGCCUACCGACGGUCGGUUACAAGACCCCGCUCGGGAAGCGUCCCCCGCCGAUCUCGGAAUACAACCCUCACCAGACGGCCUCCCACGUCACCUUCAACAUCCCACGGACCACGCCGAGCCCGCUGGACGAGCUCCCUCCGUUUAUCACCGUGCAGACCGAACCCCGCCGCCGCAUCAAGAGCAUCGGCAGCCCGGAGUACUCCGAGCUCAACACGACCAUCAGCGACCCGAUGGACACCGACAGGGAUCUGGCGCUGGCGGCAGGGAGUCGGACUCGGAGGAGGCUGCUUCAGUUGCACUCGUCAUCGGUCGUACCGGAGGAGAUGGAUAGUGGGAGUGAGGGGUCGGAGCACGAUGAGGACACAACCACUUCAUCACAGGCAACACAAAACUGGUCAAGAUCUCGAUCAGCCAGUGGCCAUCGACGAGGCAGAACCAGUCUCCUAGGAGACCAGCCCCCUGUCUCACCAGCACACUCUACCAAGGUGGAGCAGCCAUCUGUGGACUUUGAGCUGGACGUCAAGUUUAACAUCGACAGCGGCAUGCUGGUGUUAAACUGCCACAGCCAGCAGGAGCAAGACGAAGCUGCUAUCAUGGCGCAUACAAGCGAUGUCCAUCGACCUCCUGGUCUAUUUGAUGACAUUAUCUCUGGUCAUCCUGGACGUCAUGGGAUGCCACGACACCAUUCAUCAGGCCUGCCCGACCCCAAGACUCACCCGACGUCACCUUCUAAACAGUCCAUGUUCUAUCUGCCUUCGUUUGAUGUCAAGUUGCAUUACGAGUCGUCCACGAGUAACAACACAACUCGUACCAAUGACUCGGAGCGUGAGAAAGAAACGCAGCAGAGCGGCGCAGACACCUCGUCAACAGAUGGCAGCAUUGAUAAGAAGUCGCAGCCCAAUGCCAAGCAGGCCGUGCUGUACACUUGGUUCAUGCUCACCUCGCCUCCUAAGGAGGUGGUUGUCUCGUUGGCUCUACUUGAUUUCUUGGAAGAAGCUCUGGAGACUGUUCCAACCUCCUUGAGUACAACACAAGCAGCUGAUAUCAAGAGUAGUGUGGAGGAUAUUGGAGUGUCAGCAAACUCACUGGUGUCCUCAUCUACGAUGGACUCCAGUACAUUCCCAGUGGAUGUAGUUGUCUACGUUUGCCUACGACCCUCCGUCAUAUGUCUCAGUUGCCUGCCUGUAUCCAAGGUUGAGUGUCUAUUAAAGCUUCCUACAGUUGAGUUUGCGUUUUCAUCACGUGGUAACAGUCAGCUAGAUCACACAAUGUCCGAUGGUGACUCCUCCAUUGACAUGUCCUCAUCUGCCACACCCAAAGGUGGAAACAGAGGAGCACAGUCAAGCGACGGAGCAGACCGCAUUGGUCUGAGCGUGGCGGCAGUCAUGUCCGAUUUCUCACUGUAUGUGUUCCAUCCCUACGGAGGGAUGCAACGAAGGGAACGUCUGGUCGAGGAGAUGGAUGGGAGGACAGAUGCUGGAAGCGAAGAUGGCAGUUCACCUUGGUCUACCCCAUCAAGAAAAGAUGCCCUCUCCCUCAAGGUCGAAUUCAUCAAGGUCAACAUGUCCCGCUCUCGUAAACUCGUCAACGCUACGGCGGCGUCUGCUUCGUCUCUCGGACAAGGGGUGGAAUCCUUGGCUGGUGCCAGCCGCGCCGGGUACCAGGAGCGAGGGGAACAACACGACCUGGGAUCGAUGUUUUACCGUCAGCAGCAGCAGCAGCAGCAGCCUUCAAGUCAUCAGCAGUCUCCGCCUUUCUUUAGGGAUGACCGUCCAAAGUCACCUGUCUCAACUUCACCCAGUACUUCACAAAAUAACAAUCAGUUUUCAAUUUUGUGUGAUAUCGGAACGGCUGCCUUCAAGUAUGACAUGAGACGCCUGACAGAGAUGAUGGCUUUCCCCAAGGCUUGGUAUCGUAAGAGUAUCGUUAAGAGAUUAUUCCUCGGUGAUGAGCAGACCGCGCAAGAGAGUGAUGACCAACUUUCAUCAGCUUCCGUGAGUAGUAGUGAGACAUCGUCAGACUACGAGGACGACUACUCCCCACAGAAGCCUCCCCACGUCGGUAAGAAGCACUCCACAUCCAAACGAGAUUUACCCUUCGCCCCACCGUCGCCAAGAGAUUUCAAUAUCCGUACAUCAAAGCAGUCCAGCCCUGCCACCCCCAGAGCUAAGGGGGGCACCUCAUCGCCUGGCAAAUAUGGAAAACACAGAGUAGCCGAAGACCCUCAUGACAGAUCCACCUCAAGCUACGCCAGUCUGCCGUCAGACUCCCACCAUCACAGCGGGAGUGGUAGCGGGACCAGUAGCUCAGCCGGGGGUACGGUCAAGGGAGGCCCCACGUGGCAUACAAGCAUCAUGGUCGGGGUGAAUUUCACCAAGCUAGAUAUCCACAUGAACAUGAGUAAUGUCAUGGGCAGUACAGUUUGGUCAACUACGGAUCUACGAAGCCAGGGCUGUGUUUCCAUUAACAGUGUAGGCUGUAAGGAAGUCCAGAUGUGCACCACCUUAAAGCGGAGUACCUUGGAAGCUAAGGGCGGGGUCAUCGGAGGUCAACUUAUUAUUGAGCACCUCGGUGGAACAUUGAGCCAGUCCCAGCGACCUUCCCAUGAGCCAAGACACAAGCUCGGUGCGGACCUGGGUCUCUUGACUCUCCGCAUUGACUACAUGGGCUCCAGUAUCAUUAUGCAGAAACUGGACAAGUUACACAUCGGUCUGAGUGAUGAGUGGAAACUGGGUGAGAUGACGGGGGCUAACACCAGCCAUAGCAGGUCGUCAUCAGUGUACUUGAAUGGCCACCUGGACUGGGACACCUUCCAGCUAAUGCUUUCUCGAUCAAGCACCCCAGAUUUGAUUAAGAUGACCACCCGUCUCGAGGAGUUCUUCAGCCAGCAGUUCCUGAGCAGUAAGAGGAUGCUUCAAUCGUGGCAACUAGGACCCAUCUCUAGUCAAGCACCGAGCGAGGGAGGUCAUACGGGGAGUGAGAGCAGUAGCACUCGCAGCCUGGAGAGACUGACUGUACAAGCUGAGAGGAACUACCAUCGCCACUGGCAGCCAGCCUUCAGUCUUCUAAAGAGCUGUAAGUCCAACAGCAAGCUGCUGCCGCCACUGUGGCAUGCCGGGAACCUGACCCUCGGGGGACACGUCAUCCUAAGGGGCAACUGUGCACUGCUUGCUUGCUUCCAUGGGAUCAACUUCAGGGCAAGUUCCUGGGCGUUGUUCACGCUGCAAGAGCCCGAAGUGCACUUUGAGACGGAGGCCGUGCCCAUCAAGCCAAGCAGAAGUGAUGGUCAAGGCGGAACUAACAUCAUUGAGGAUCUGGUCUUCAACCUCGGACACAACCAGACCCAGAGAGGUGAAGGGUCAAUGGGGGUCAUCUACAGGGUCACCAGGACUGAGAGACACCACUUCCCAACCAACGGCACCAUAGAUCAGUGCUUUCAUUAUGUGUGUGCAAUCAAGGCCCCUGAAGAAUUUGAGCAUGUGUUAACAGCAAGCAGAAUGACUGCGAAUACAUCUAAGGAGACCUUUAGACAUACUGCCGACCCAAUCUUCGCUUUGCCGAAGCUACAAGUUGAGAUGAAAUCCAACCAUAUGCAAUCCACACACAGCCCUGCUUUGAAUGGCCCUCCUCAAGCAGUGACGGUUAGCUUUGUGUCUCACUUCACUGAUCAUAUAAACGUUGCCAUGGAUAUUGAGCUUAUCUUAUUCCUGCACGCAUUCGUCACAGCGUACAUCAGCCACAAGGAUAAAGCUACCCAAUCCCAUAGGAACUCUGUAUCUGCAGGCAUGGGGGGUAGACCUGCCAUGAAAACUCCUAUCGACCCCGACGUUAUGCAUCUGCAGGAGCCGACAGGUCCGGGUACCAGUGAGAUAACGCCCUCUAGCGGUGCGAGCGACUGGAGAGAGUUCCAGUGCACUACAUGGCAGCUGGAACCGACCAUCAGAUUGUUGUCAUGGGGAGGCAAACAGAUUGAUCCCCUCGGAGUGGACUACAUCCUACAGAAGCUGGGCUUCUCUCACGCUAGAGUCACUAUUCCCAAAUGGUGCCAGAGGGGAACUAUGGACCCUAUGGACAAGACACUAGCACUACUCAUGGAAAAACUCAUCAAAUUUAUCAAGGAGACAGACUAAGUACACAUGAGUCAUUAUCCGUACAUAGUUCCAGAGUUGGGAGCUGUGGGCCCUGUUGACAAGACACCAGCACUACUCAUGCAAAAAACUUAUCAACUUCAUUUAGAGGAUGGACUGAGUACACAUGAGUAACUAUAUAUAGAUGUUCCAGAUUGAGAGAUGUUGGCCCUAUGGAUAAGACAAUAGCACUACUCACUACUCACGGAGUGCACAUGAGUCACUAACUGUAAAUGGUGCCAGAGGGGUAGCUGUGGGCCCUAUGGUUGAGAUACUAGCAUUACUCAUGGAAAAACUCAUCAAAUUUAUCAAAGAGACAGACUGAGUGGCCAUGAGUCACCAACUGUAAUUGGUGCCAGAGGGAGCUGUGCGCCCUGUGGUUGAGACAUUAGUACUACUCAUGGAAAAAAAUCAUCAAAUUUAUCAAGGAGACAGACUGAGUAAACAUGAAUCACUAUCUGUAAAUGGUGCGAAAGGGGAUCGGCGGGGCUUAUUGGUGAGACACUAGCACUACUCACUAAUCAUGGAGUACACACGAGUCACCAACUGUAAAUGUGCCAGUAGCUGUUGGGCCCGUGGACACUACACUAGCACCUCAUGGAAAACCUCAUCAACUUUAUAAAAGAGACAGACUUAGUAAUCAUGAUGGUACUAACUGUAAAUGGUGCCAGAGGGGAACUGUAGGCCCUAUGGAUGAGACACCUGCACUACUCAUGGAAAAACUCAUCAUUUCAUCACAGAGACAGACUGAGUAAACGUGAGGCACCAACAAUGAUGUUCCUUUUUAUGAAAAGUGUUAAUUUAGGUUUACAUUAAACCAGCCUAAACAUAAUCAGAAAGGAAAGAGCAAACACAUUUGCUACACAGGGAACAGUGUUUUUUUUCUCAAAAGGUUUCUAAUAGAGGUUAUAAACUCUCCGUUGUACAAGUAUAUUCCUCAUAUCGGAGUUUUAUAAAGUGUAAACUUAAACAAUAUUUUAUACUAAAUAUAUGCAUGGCCUUAAUUAAGUUAUAUCCAUGUACAGGUCCGUGUGUGACUUAAGAUCUUUGGUAUGAUACGGAAAGGUUUGCGACAACACCAUGUCGUGAUAGUCUCAAAAAGAGUUGGGUUGGGACCCCAACUCAUUUAGAGAUUAUUAUGACAUGGUGUGUAAUGAUAAUCUCAUAAUCUCAAAAUGAGUUGGGUUGGGACCCCUUAUUCUGGUAAGCAUAAUUUUAUUAUGCUUAGCAUAUUUUUUUUAUUUUUUUUUAAGCAGGUCUAUGAAAUUGAGCAGUUUAAGCAGCUCUAUGAAACGGAGGAGCAUUGGAGAAUUAACUUGUGAACAUUAUGAUGUGAAGGCACAUCAAAAAUAUGAGUAAUCAUACAAAAUAACAAAGAGAAUAGGCACUAAAUACUUUACUUCCCGUGGUGUCAAUAUGCAUAUAUUUGUCAAGCAGCUAAACUGUACUUGACAUACUCACCGCUGAAAAUUGAUGCCAAAUUUUAUACCUACCGAUAGUGGAUUUUUUGUUUUACAUGGGUUUUGUGUAAUAAAUGUACAAUUUACCUUUUUUAUUUAAAGGGAAAUUGUUGCUAACUGCCUACUAAACAACACGACUUGUGGUAUAAGUGAAAUGCAAAAAGAAAAGAAAAAAAAAAGAUUAUUCCAACAUUUAACAUUUUCAAUCCCCUUGUGGUUGUUAUGUGUUUGACCAGCUUAUACUCAGGGCUUAUGCUUACAAAUGUCAAAGGCACUGGACGAUAAUUUCCAAAGAAAUUUCUCACUUGGUGUAUCCCAACAUAUAUGAAUAUAAUUAACAAACCUCCGGAAUUUUUGAAUCAACUGGUCAAUGAAGUUGCAAGAAAAUAAUGAAAGAAAAAUCACACUUCUUGCAUAAAUUUGUGUGCCUAAAAAGGGCUUCUGUAUUCUGUAUUAUUGUAAGCUAAAAACUAUGUAUAUAAUUAUUGAUUGCUAACGUCAUGAAAUGCUGACCAAUUAGAGCAACGAAUGCACCAAAACGCCAACGAAAGUCCACCAGUUCGCAGGCUCGCUAUAUUUUACCAUAUCCAAUAUGUAGCAUAGGGUGUCUCCCCCCCCCCAUCCCCCGCCCAAAAUUUUGUACCUCCUAGAAAUACCCCUAAAAUCCUAUGGAAAAAAAAAACCAAAAACAGCGAUUCCCAUUGCAUAGUAACUACACGGACGGG